ACAACGAGGUGCUUCUGUAAAUGCACAGUCACAAAAUGGGUUCACGCCACUUUAUAUGGCUGCUCAAGAAAAUCAUGAUUCGGUAGUCAAGUACCUUUUGAGUAAAGGCGCAAAUCAAACAUUGGCCACUGAGGAUGGUUUCACCCCAUUGGCAGUGGCGAUGCAACAGGGUCACGACAAGGUGGUGGCAGUUCUAUUGGAAAAUGACACUCGUGGUAAAGUUCGACUGCCUGCCCUCCACAUUGCUGCCAAGAAAGACGAUUGCAAAGCGGCUGCCCUACUUUUACAAAACGAUCACAAUCCCGACGUAACAUCGAAAAGUGGUUUCACACCGCUUCACAUAGCUGCACAUUAUGGCAACGACCGAAUUGCUUCCUUGCUUUACGACAGAGGAGCAGAUGUUAAUUUUGCGGCAAAGCACAAUAUUACGCCAAUGCACGUAGCAGCAAAAUGGGGUAAAAUCAAGAUGGUGAAUCUUUUGAUGAGCAAGGGGGCGAACAUCGAAGCGAAAACGAGAGACGGCCUUACACCCCUUCAUUGCGCGGCACGAUCAGGCCAUCAUGAAGUGGUUGAUAUUUUAAUCGAGAAAGGUGCACCGAUCGGCUCGAAAACAAAGAACGGUCUUGCUCCGUUGCACAUGGCUUCUCAAGGAGAUCACGUUGACGCUGCUAGGAUAUUAUUGUAUCAUCGUGCACCCGUAGACGAAGUGACGGUAGAUUACUUGACGGCGCUACACGUGGCAGCCCAUUGCGGACACGUACGGGUGGCUAAACUUCUUCUCGAUAGAAAUGCCGAUCCAAACGCACGAGCUCUGAACGGCUUCACUCCACUCCAUAUUGCCUGUAAGAAGAACAGACUGAAGGUCGUUGAGCUCCUUUUAAAGCACAAAGCUAGCAUCGAGGCUACUACUGAGUCUGGAUUGACGCCCCUACACGUAGCGAGUUUUAUGGGGUGCAUGAACAUAGUGAUUUAUUUAUUGCAAAAUGCAGCUAGUCCUGAUAUACCAACUGUAAGGGGCGAAACGCCUUUGCAUUUAGCUGCCAGAGCGAAUCAGACUGAUAUUAUCAGGAUACUUCUUAGAAAUGGUGCCCAAGUUGAUGCAAGAGCAAGGGAAGAACAAACACCUCUUCACGUUGCUUCUCGGUUGGGCAAUGUUGACAUUGUAAUGCUAUUACUCCAACAUGGUGCAGCUGUAGAUGCUACAACAAAAGACUUAUACACACCGCUUCAUAUUGCUGCAAAAGAGGGCCAAGAGGAGGUUGCAUCCGUUUUGUUGGAAAACGGCGCAUCGCUUACCGCAACCACCAAAAAGGGAUUCACUCCAUUGCAUUUGGCAGCUAAAUAUGGUAACAUGAACGUAGCAAGAUUGUUGUUACAGAAGAAUGCACCAGUUGAUGCGCAAGGAAAGAAUGGAGUUACUCCGCUUCAUGUGGCAUCUCACUAUGAUCAUCAGAUUGUAGCUUUACUUUUACUGGAUAAGGGUGCAUCGCCUCAUGCUAUGGCGAAAAAUGGCCAUACACCACUACAUAUUGCUGCACGUAAGAAUCAGAUGGACAUUGCAACUACUUUAUUAGAAUAUGGAGCGAAAGCAAACGCAGAAUCAAAAGCAGGAUUUACGCCGUUACAUUUGAGUGCACAAGAAGGCCACACCGAUAUGUCAACGCUUCUCAUCGAGCACAAAGCAGAUACAAAUCACAAAGCAAAAAAUUGCCUCACGCCGCUUCAUUUGUGCGCACAAGAGGAUAAAGUUAACGUCGCUUCUAUCCUUGUUAAAAAUGGUGCUCAGAUUGAUGCUAAAACGAAGGCUGGUUAUACUCCAUUACACGUGGCAGCCCAUUUUGGUCAAGCAGCUAUGGUUCGCUUCCUCUUGCGAUCAGGUGCAGUUGUUGAUAGUAGCACUAAUGCAGGAUACACACCGUUACAUCAAGCUGCGCAGCAGGGUCAUACACUAGUAAUUAAUUUAUUAUUGGAGGGUAAAGCUAAACCGAACACUACAACAAAUAAUGGCCAGACCGCUUUGGAUAUUGCACAAAAACUUGGUUACAUUAGUGUCAUCGAAACUUUAAAAGUAGUUACAGAAACGGUCAUUACAACGACCCACACCGUUACUAUCGAAGAAAAAUAUAAAGUCCAAGCUCCGGAAUCAAUGCAAGAGACAUUCAUGAGCGACAGCGAAGAUGAAGGUGGUGGUGAUGAAAUCGGCAUGGCAGCCAUGAAUGUGUACGGGCAGCCUCCGCACGCGGAACACGUGUACCUUCCUUCUUACUACCAGGGCCAAAUGACCUACACCCGUGAAGAUCCGAUGCUUAGCGACCAACAGCAAUAUCGAUACAUGACUGUUGACGACAUGAAAUCCAUGGGGGAUGACUCGAUGCGUGUAAACGUGACGGACGACGAGAGGGAUAAUCGACAUUCCGGAGCACCAACUAUAACCGAGAUGAUUACAAAAGAAAACUAUCAACGAUCGAACGCUGCCAAUGUCAAACCAGACAAUGUUGAUAUCAACAGGCACCCAGUACACGUCGGAAUUCCACAAUGGAGAAACUUCCUGGUUUCCUUUUUGGUGGACGCACGAGGCGGUGCUAUGAGAGGGUGCAGGCACAGCGGCGUGCGUGUUAUCGUCCCCCCUAGAAAGGCAGCGAUGCCGAUGCGAGUCACCUGCAGAUAUCUCAGAAGGGACAAACUGACGAAUCCGCCACCUUUGAUGGAGGGAGAGGCCUUGGCUAGCCGCAUCCUUGAACUUGGACCCGUUGGUGCCAAAUUUUUAGGGCCUGUAAUAAUAGAGGUACCUCAUUUUGCUUCAUUGCGAGGAAAAGAACGAGAGAUAGUAAUACUUCGAUCGGACAAUGGAGAGACUUGGCGUGAGCACACCUUGGAAGCCAGCGAGGAGGCAGUCCAGGAUGUGCUUAAUGAGAGCUUUGAAGGAGAAGAAUUAAGCCAGCUCGAGGAUCUCCAAACAUCUCGGAUCGUAAGGAUACUAACUGCAGAUUUCCCGCAUUACUUCGCUGUAGUGUCCCGCAUUAGGCAAGAGGUUCAUGCAGUUGGCCCGGAAGGUGGUACAGUCUCAUCGUCAGCUGUUCCACAAGUACAGGCUGUCUUUCCACCAGCAGCCCUUACGAAAAAAAUCCGUGUUGGGCUACAGGCGCAUCCGAUACCAGCAGAUCUCGUAGCUAAGCUUCUUGGUAACAGAGUGGCGGUAUCGCCGAUCGUAACCGUCGAACCAAGGCGAAGGAAAUUCCACAAACCGAUAACCUUAACUAUACCAGUGCCCCAGGCGGCCAACAAAGGCAUGAUCAAUCAAUAUUCAGGAGAUGCGCCGACGUUGAGACUUCUGUGCAGCAUAACUGGGGGUCAGUCUCGGGCAGUCUGGGAGGAUGUCACAGGCUCGACGCCGCUCACGUUCGUCAAAGAUUGCGUUUCCUUUACUACCACAGUAUCCGCUCGCUUCUGGUUAAUGGAUUGUCGGAAUAUAUCCGAAGCCACGAAAAUGGCUACAGAGCUAUACACACAUGCGACACACGUACCUUUCAUGGCUAAAUUUGUAGUAUUUGCAAAGCGAGUAGAUCCGUUGGAGGCAAGGCUGCGCGUGUUCUGUAUGACGGAUGACAAAGAGGACAAGACAUUAGAAAAUCAGGAGCAUUUCACCGAAGUUGCAAAGAGCCGAGACGUCGAGGUGUUGGAAGGAAAAACGCAGUACAUGGAGUUUUCGGGCAACCUUGUGCCUGUAUUAAAGAGCGGCGAGCAGCUUCAGCUGCCGUUCAGAGCAUUCAAGGAGAAUCGUGUUCCGUUCACGGCGCGAAUAAAAGAUCUGGACGCAACGGACAUGAUUGGCCGUAUUAUGUUCAUGAGCGAACCCAAGGUCCCGAAGGGUGAACUACCCCAGACACCGAUAUGCACGUUAAAUAUCCUGCUGCCGGAAAAGAUAUCGCCGGAGCCCGCGGCCUCGGAGGUCGAUCUGUUGGAGCUCUCGAAGAAUUAUAGUUUUCUACGCGACGGUGGCAUAAGUCGUCCAGACACUAUUCACAGAGCCACAAUAAGAUUGACCGAUAUCGCGAAUCUGCUGGACUCGGACUGGGAGAAACUCGCGGAAGAAUUGAAUAUUCCGCCGAACGAGGUGUUCUCCAUUAAAGAAGAAUAUUCUAAUAAACCUGCCCAGCAGGCUGCAGCGAUGCUCAAGAUCUGGCAGAAUAACGGGAAUAAAGCCACAGAUAAUAUUAAAACCUAA